CUCUCUCAAGUGGAGGAACUUCUUCGUCGUUGGGGAGAAUGGCUAACUUCAUUUUCAGCGCUAUAAACUUCUGCACCGCACAGAUACUUGGAGAUACCGAGAGUUUCACAGUGCCUGCGCAUCAUCCAUCAUACUCUCUCGAGUAUCAAAGUUUUCCUCGUAGUCCUUUUAGAACCGUGCCAGCGUGGGUACCUCCCUAGGUCACGUGGGUGGAACUUUCAUGAGAUCCACCCCAUCCAUCAGACCUAGGGAGAUUGGGACCUCAUCUUCUCGACGACUAUGCCGAUUCCUCCUCACUUCGGUCGUGAUCCUUGGCUUCACCGCCGUCUUCACCAUCUUUCAAUUGAAUCAGCCACCAAAGAGAUAUCAGAAAGUGUGGAUCACCAAAGAGAAUUUUCACAACGUCACUGGGUUCCUCGACCGCAUGGCUCCGCAAUUGAAUUCCAUAGAAUGGCAGUGUCCAUGCAAGGCCACCAACGUCAUCACAGCCCCUAAAACAGAGGCCCACCUCGUAGAUUUCUUCCUGAUCAAGAGAGAUGAACCAGAGACGGUCAAGCACGUCAAUUCGAUAAAGGAUUUUUGUUCACAAGUCAGCAGUGGCGGAUACUUGGAGGGCUUUAAUGGUACUUGUUAUGAGAUACUGGAAGAGAGUUUUCGACUGAGCGGUUGGGAUUUUCAGAUCGGGAAUAGGAAUCUGUACAUGAAUUCGUUGAGGACAGUGAGCUUGAAUCCAAUAUCCUUCAUGUUCGACGUCUGCAUGUCAUGGGCAGGUGGUCUAUCACAAGCCAGCUCUUUCUACCUAAUAUCCCAUUUCGGGCUAACCCGGGACGAAUCCGAUCAUCUAAACAAGUUUAUAAGGGCCAUCAAGAUCUCUUUGGAGACGUGUGCCAAACACACCAGCUGGCCCCCACCAACCAACUCCCUCUAUUUGGAGGAAGCCACGUCAGCAGGGUGCGAUUCUGAGUUCGGAUACGUAGUGGCCAUGAGCUUCAACUGGACCCAGUAUUUCAGCAUAUGUGCUCCCAGCUAUUGCGAGCAUGUGAAGCUCAACUCCUACACGUGGAUUCUCUUCACGGCGCUUGCGCAGGUGGGCGGGUUCGUCUCUGUCGCCCUUUUCGUACUCCGAUCUGUGAUCUGGCCGCUCUUUUGCAUGAUCUUUGGGUGGCCCAGCAAUCUUGUUACGUGCGAAGAGAAAGGAGACGAGGCCUAGCGCGUGUGAAGGAGAGCCUGUGGUGUGGACAUGUGCUGACAUCUGAUCGUUCAUCAGGCUGCCACACCUGUUCAAAGAAUAUGGACCGUUUAACGAAAUUUGCCAACGGUCUACAUUCCAUGAUAGCAUUCGGGCCGCCUGAUGAGAGGCGACCGGCCUGAAUUUUCCUAUGGUUAUCUGCAAAAUGGGAGCAACCUUGUACACCGUUCAGAUGUGUCUCACAUGCUUGGAAAAUCAGCACGUGUGAUGGGGUGAAGGUGCAUGUGGAAAGGUGAGGGGGCAGGGAUGGAAUGUAUUUAUUACUUACGAGCAUGUAUGUAUUUUUCUAUUUAGUGGUGCGGUUGUCUAUGCUAUUCAGGUGCACUUUGAGCUUGUGCACCUUAUUAGGCUCCAACGAAAAAUUGGAUAUGUAGCACAAGAGUCCAUGAUCCAGUCUGUCCGUUGGGUGGGUCUCACCACUGGCUAGCCACUAUAGAUUAAUCUCACUGAUCGUAUUGUCUUAACAGUCUGAUCUGUGACCUACAGAUGCACGAUAGACAGAAUACAAGCUACAGUGCGGACUGAAUAAGAGAAGGUCCACUGGUUGGACGGCUAAAA